UAAUUUUUCAUUUUAAAUAUUUUAUUCAUUUAAAAUUUCACUUCACUGUAAAAGGUAUAGAUAAAAAAGGACUGCUUAUUGUACAGGUGAAAGCAAAUAGCGCUAAUGGUUUUUGCAAACGUGAAAUAAAUCCUUAUCUUUAUAGGUAUAGUUCAUAAAAAAUAAAAAUAAAAAUAUAGAUAUACAUACAUGAAAGAAAAGAUUAUGUGAGUGUAAAGAUAAUGUAAAUAAUAUCAUUGUCCAUGUGGGUCUCAAGGCAAUCAAUAUGUACCAAUGUUUUUGACUACAUUUCAAUAAGACAAGAACUGGGUGUUGCACGGCUAGUUGAUGGAGUUCGUGAACGCCACCUGGCACAUCAUCUACCUAAUGCAAUGAUUGAAAAGGAAUUGUCAUUUGGACAAGUUGAUAAAAUAUUUGCUGCACAAUGGUUGGAUGAGUACAAUAUAAUAUGUGGAACCAAAUGUAACAAGCUAUUGGUCCAAAACAUUGAGACUCGAAAAGCAUGGAACAUACCUCUACUAGCUGGUUCAAAGACUGGAGUAAAUAACAAUGAGAGUGAAAAAGACUGCGGUAUUCAUUGCAUUGCGAUAAAUGAAAACUCAACAAAGCUAGCAACUGGUGCCCAAAGUGCAAACUCUAUUGGAUUUUAUGAAUUGCCUUCCCUUCAGCCCAUAUGUGUUGGAGAGUUUCACACGAAUUGGUUGUUCUGUUCUGCGUGGAUAUCCGAUGAUGUGUUAGUCAGUGGAUCACGUGAUAAGCGGCUCGCAUUUUGGCAAGUCACUCCUGAAAAAUCAUUUGACAUCAUUCUUCCCCCCUUGCCAAGAAUAAAGCCAGUCCAGACCAUCGAAAAGUACGAAAACAAUGAUCGUGUUCGCGCAAUGGUUUACAAUCCACUAUCACAGAAUCUAGCGACAGUGGUCUCCAACGGUUUUGUUCAUCUAUGGGAUGUCAAUAAUUGUGCACAGAUCACUUCAACUGCGUUGCCGUUUCUUAAAGAAAAUGUUUGUAUUGCGUAUGAUCCAAACAAUCACCUUUAUGCGGUAGGAUCAGUGUCACAUGUUGCCCUACUGGAUGCACAAUCUGGAAAGACGAUUGGAUCAGUUUGCUCCAGUGAUCAAGGAGCUGGAGUUCGUUCGAUAAGUUUCCAGGAUUCUGUCAUAACCAUUGGAACUGGAUACGGUUCAUUGUUAUUUUACGAUGUUAGAAUGAAUAAGAUGCUAAAGCGACCUGACGACUCAGUUUGUCAGCAGAAAACUGGAAGCGGAUGGCUGAGGAAAGAUUCUGUGUACCAGCAAUAUUUCUCGGAUACAGACUGCUACCCAAACGCAAUCUACGCGCACAGUUACCAUCCGAAUUCAAUGAAACUUCUCACAGCUGGUGGACCGUUAGCUUUAGGACUGUAUGGUAAUUAUGCAGCAUAUUGGGAUUGAUAAUGAGAAAUAUAUAUUUAUAUAACCUAGUAUAUGUGUGUGUUUACAUAUAUUUUUUUAUAAGAGUUAGUUAUGAUAAAUUGUUGAUGCAAAUUGGAAUACAAAGUUGAAGGAAGUGGAGACGAAAUCAGUUUUAAAAGUUUACAAUUUUAAUCCUCGAUUUUUUUAAUACACUUUAGCAUUAUUUCUUAGGUUUCCCUGUGUCACUUGUCUGUGAGCGCGUGUGCGUGUUUAUUUGUAUGCUCGUUUAUAUUAGUUGUCCUGCUUAAUGUCGUCGUGUUGCUACUUUUGUCAUAGUUCCUAAGGUCGUCGUGUUGUUAUUUUUGUCAUAAUUCCCAACGUCGUCGUGUUGUUAUUUUUUGUCAUAAUUUCAAACGUCGUCGUAUUGUUAUUUUCGUCAUAAUUCCCAGCGUCGUCGUGUUGUUUAUUUUUUCAGUCGAUGUUAAACAUGUUGAUUUCGGUUUUAAUUUGUUAAAUUCACUUGCUUAUAUAUACAUAUAUUUAGAAAAUAAUUAAUGCACUAUUUUUAAACAUUGUUUGGUAUAUUUAAAUAUCAUGCGUUGAAAUAGCUUUUGGUGGCCAGUAUAUAAGAUAUUUUUGCAUUUAAAAUCUAACGCCAUCUCUGUGAACGCCACGCAAAUAGGGACGGGCGUAAUCAGGGCAUAACAAGGUCUUUUAGAUGCAAUAUAAAGAUGAAUCUAUUAUAUGGGACCUAACUGACGCAAAUAAUAAAUGCUUUGUUAACAUUUAGCACACUCACUUAUGAGACCUGAUUUGUCAAUUUUUAUAUAUUCAACUCGUUUUAUGUAGAUUUAUUCUGUUUUGAAUAUUGUUCUUGUGUUAUGUAUAUAUUGUACAUGUAUGUAUUUGUACAUAUGCAAUUUUGUAUAUAUAAUGAUAAUGGCAGGAUGGUGCAAGUUCAAUACUUUGUA